UAUUUGUUAUUUAUACAGUCUAAAAAAACAUGUUACGUCAAACUCUGCGGCCUUUGCCCGGUCCAUGUUUUGGCCUAAUCAAUCGACAAAUGGCCAUUGUGGCCAAAUCUCUGAAAUAUACAAAACACGGAGAGCCACAAGAUGUUUUAGAACUGGUCGAGCAGAAAAUUGAAAGUCCCCAGGCCAAGCAGGUUCUGGUGAAGAUUCUUGCCGCUCCUAUUAAUCCUGCUGACAUCAAUACAAUUCAAGGAAAAUAUCCGGUAAAACCUAAAUUUCCCGCCGUUGCCGGCAAUGAAUUCGUGGGUGAGGUCAUUUGCGUUGGCGAUGAGGUCAAAUCAGUGGAAACUGGACAACAUGUUGUGCCAUUGGCCACCGGCUUGGGCACUUGGACCACACAUGCUGUCUAUCAGGAGGAUCAAGUGAUGGCCGUCUCCAAGAAUGUGGGUCUAGCCGAGGCGGCUACUAUUACAGUGAAUCCCUGUACAGCCUAUCGUAUGCUAAAGGACUUUGUCCAACUAAAACCAGGUGAUACGGUCAUACAGAAUGGAGCUAAUAGUGCCGUAGGUCAAGCUGUGCAUCAAUUAUGCCGUGCCUGGGGCAUCAAUAGCAUUGGCAUUGUACGCAAUCGUCCGGAAAUCGAAGAACUAAAGCAAAUGCUUCAAUGUCUCGGAGCCACCGCUAUUCUCACGGAGGAAGAGAUACGCACUAGUGACAUUUUCAAAACCGGCAAAUUGAAGCGCCCCAAGUUGGCCUUCAAUUGUGUGGGUGGCAAAAGCGCCACAGAAGUCUCUCGUCAUUUGGAUAACAGCGGCGUCAUGGUCACCUACGGUGGCAUGUCACGUGAACCGGUUACCGUGGCCACAGGACCCUUGAUCUUUAAGGACAUAGCAUUUAGAGGUUUCUGGAUGACCCGCUGGUCAAAGGAGAACUAUGACACGCCCGAGCGCAAGCAAAUGUUCAAGGAUUUGUGCGACCUAAUGGAGCAGGGCAAAUUCGUGGCUCCGGUGCAUGAGAUGGUGCCACUAGAUAAAUUCAAAGAUGCAGCAGCAGCUGCUCUAAGCUUCAAAGGUUUCACGGGUAAAAAAUUCAUUCUCGAUAUGAGUAAAUAAUUUCGAUCAAAUUUGCAUUUAAUGUCUAAAUCGAAGAAAAACCAAAAUUAUAAAUUAUAAUCUCAAAUCAUUUCCACUUCAUUUGCUUGAUAUUUCAACUGCAAGGUGAUGGCGGUUGGUGAGGUAAUAUCGGUAACGGUCAACUGUUGACCAUCCUCCAAGCCCAAUUCUCCCAGAGAUUGGGUCAGAUUCUUGCGUGUCGCCUGCUCAAUGCUCUUCACCGUCCCCAGAUACAAAGUCUUCUGCUUGCCCUCCUUGGUCACAGUAGUCAGAGCAGGACUUUUUAAUUGAUAUUUAGCCGAUUCGCAUAACAAUUUAAUCACAUCUUCCAGAGUUGUGGUAUUGGGAUCUUCAAUGGGCAGUAAUUGGGGUGUAUUACUGCAGGCUAAACAUGUCUCUGACUUCUCGGCCUCAUAUGUGUAUGUGUAAAUACCAUCGAGAUCAUUAAAAUUGAGAUAGUUGGCCAUGCUGUCAUAGCAACUCGUAGCCAAUUUGAACACCUCCAAGGCGCAGGCGGCUGCUAUCACAGCAUUUGUGCUGGCCACAGCGGGAAUAAUGUGUUUGAUGACACCCUGCACUAGUCUAUAGGUGAUCCCAGUUAUAUUAAAUUCACUGGCACGUUCAAGAGAUCGCUCAUAGAUCCAACCAAUAUGUUGUGGAUCAUCGCCAUCCAAAGGCACGGAGUUGAAUGGACUCUCCUUAUCCCAUUGUAUGAGUUUCACAUACUCAAUGCAAUGUUCCGGUAACCGGGGAGUAUUUGCUAUGGUGCACAAGGGGUAAUUCACUUGAGGAGGAAACAAAUCCAAUGUACAUUCUAUGCAGGCCGUGAAUCCUGGUAGAAUAACACGAGCAUUGCCUUUGAAACCCUCGGUUCCGCCAUCAAUCAUGGGCACUAUGGAACUAACAUCAAUGGAACCAUCUUCGUAGCGCAACAUGGACAGGAGCAUACCAUUGAUCCAUCGCCUUGCCACAAUUGAAUCCAGGCCGCAAACGAUCAAAUGGAACUGGCUAUAGAAUGUUUCAUCGAAAUCCUGAAUUCGUUUGAAAUGCGGUGUCACCCGGCAAGUGGGCACACGUCCAUUGAUAAAUCUGGCUGCACACUCCGCUUUGGACGCUCCAAUAUCCGAGCGACGGAAAAGAAACUGACGAUUGAGAUUUGAUAAUUCAAUGGUGUCCAUAUCAAUCACAUGCAGAUCCCCAAAGCCGACAAGAGCCAGAUCCUUUAGAAGCUCACAGCCUAAUCCGCCGGCUCCAAUGACCAAAACUUUGCACUUGGUUUGCAGGAACUCCAGAUUGUCGGGAGAUGGUGAAAAAUCACCCUUACAGAAGGGACCUUCGCGUUCCAACAGAUGACGGAGGCCAUUCCAGCGUUUACUCUGCAGUGCCAAGGCGGGAUUAGGAGAAGCUACGGACAUAUUGGAUUAACGAUUUAAUUGAAAAUUGGUGAAAUCUGAAUGAAAUAAUUCUCCCGCAAAGUUCAGUGUUGGAAAA